CGCAUAUAUAAUUUAUAUGUAUAGAGAACUCUUGUAAAGCUACAUUUCACAUUUUUAGUUGUAUCUGGGAUAUCAAGUAGGUUGUGAUCAAUGUUCGCGAGACUGAUUAUAAAAUGACGGAUUUAAUUCAAUACACUUUGUAUUCAAAAAUAUUUUGGAUCUUAACAUUCAUCAGUGUGAUUUAUGUUUAUUUGAAAUUUAUAAUUUUUAAUUAUUUCUCAAGAAAAGAAAUACCACAUGAAAAGCCAAUUCUUCUUUUUGGAAAUGCUCUAGAAUUCAUUAGGGGUCAAAAAUCAUUGGGAGCAACAAUUCAGGAAAGUUAUGAAAAAUUUAAAUCUUUUCCAAUACACGGAUUUUACACAUUUUUUGAACCGACUGUAAUUAUUAAUGAUUUUAAAUUGAUUGGUUCAGUGUUAAUUAAAGAUUUCGCAUACUUUGUUGAUCGAUUUCCUGAUGUUGAUUUGGAAUUUGAUCCAAUGCUUGCUCAUUUAUUUUGUGAACGAGGUAGAAAGUGGAAAAAUAAUAGAUCAAAACUUUCGCCAGCAUUUACUUCAAGAAAAUUGAAAGAAAUGUUUCAUCUUCUUGAUGAAAUUGGAGAAAAUUUAAAGAAACAAUGUGAAUCACCAGCAAAGAAUAAUGAAAUUAUUGAAUUAAAAGAAUUGUCCACUAGAUUCACAACGGAUACUAUUGCAACAUUAGCUUAUGGCUGUGAGUGUAAUAGUAUUGAAAAUCCAAAUGCAGAAUUUCGUCUUUAUGGUAAUGAGAUAUUCGAUGGUCAUCCAAUUAAAGUUUUACUCUUCUUUUUUGCUCCAAUUAUUCUCAAUAUAUUUCGUAUAAGAUUCAUCAAGAAAAAAGUCGGUGAUUAUUUUACUAGAAUUUUUGAGGAAAUUGUCACUUAUCGAAGAGAAAAUAAUAUAGCCAAAAAAGAUUUUGUUAGUUUACUCAUGGAAUUAAUGGAUAAUGGUUUCAUUGAGGAUAAUGACACAAAAUUAAAAUCUUCAGAUGCAAUUGCAACAGAGACCAAUAUUCGCAAAAUGACUUUGAGGGAAGCCUCUGCACAAAGUUUCGUAUUUUUUGCAGCUGGCUAUGAAACAUCUUCGUCAACAAUAACAUAUUGUUUAUAUGAAAUGGCACUUAAUCCGGAAAUUCAAGAAAAAUUGAGAUUAGAAAUGAAAAAUGUACUUUAUAAUCAAUCCUUAACAUACGAAAGUAUUGCGGAAAUGAUAUAUUUGGACCAAGUUUUAUCCGAGACUUUGCGAAUGUAUCCGACAGUUCCCUUGCUAUCACGAAGUUGUGUUCGAAAUUACAAAGUACCGGGAACAAAUUUUUGCAUUUCAAAGGGUAUGAAAAUAAUCAUUCCCGUCUUGGGAAUACAUUUCAAUUCGGAUAUUUAUCCAGAACCAGAGAAAUUUGAUCCAGAACGAUUUGACUCUGAGAAUGUUAUUAAAAGACAUCCAUUGUCAUACAUGCCAUUUGGAGAAGGUCCCAGAAUGUGUAUUGGCAAAAGACUGGGACUAAUUCAAACUAAAAUCGUAUUAAUUAAAUUGUUAAUGAAUUACAAAUUUUCAAUAUGUCAGAAAACUGAAAUUCCAAUAAAAAAUAGUACACGGACUUUUGUACUUACUCCCGAAAAUGGUGUUUAUUUAAGAAUUGAAAAAAAAUGUAAACGUAAAAUGUCCAUCUUGGAUUUUUAUUUUCCUGGUUGGAUAUUGCGUUGGAGUGCUGUCAUAUUCAUAUUGUUUUAUUUAUAUCUAAAAUUUGUGACAUUCACAUACUGGAAAAGACGAAAUGUACCACAUGAGAAACCAAUCAUACCUUUUGGAAAUACAUGGCGAUAUAUUACAAAUCAAGUGUCAAUGGGCGAAUUAAUGCAGGAUAGUUAUGAAAAAUUUAAAAUGUAUCCUUUUCAUGGAGUUUAUUCUUUCCAUGAGCCCAAUUUAAUUGUAUCUGAUCUUGAUCUCAUUAAUUUAAUUACAAUAAAAGAUUUUCAAUAUUUUCAAAAUCGUAUGCCAGACGAUCAUAUAGAAUUUGAGCCACUAUUGAGAAAUUUAUUUUUUGAGAGAAACAAAAAAUGGCGUAACAAUAGAAACAAAAUUUCGCCAGCUUUCACGUCGAGAAAAAUAAAAGAAAUGUUUCAUCAUAUCGUGAAUGUUGGAGAAAAUUUGAAAAAUUGUUGUUCAUUUCCUGCAAAGAAUAAUGAGAUGAUUGAUUUUAAAGAUCUUGCUGCUCGGUAUACAACUGAUAUAAUAGCAUCAAUUGCAUAUGGCUGUAAAUGUAACAGUUUAGAAAAUCCAAACGAAAAAUUUCGCAUUUAUGGUAAGAAAAUUUUCGACGUGAAUCCAGUGAAAAUUUUACUUGUUUUCUUUGCACCAAUUAUCCUUAGGAUAACUCGAUUAAGGCCAAUAGCACAUGAUGUUAAUAAAUAUUUUAAUGAAAUUUUCAAGGAUGUCGUUGCUUAUCGACGAGAAAAUAAAAUUCACGAAAAAGAUUUUGUAGAUUUGCUCAUUGAAUUAAUCGACAAUGGUUAUAUUAAAGAAGAUCAAGUCAGUAAAGAAAUAAACGAGGAAAUUUAUUCGCAAGAAAAAUAUCCUGGAAAUGUGAAUAUCGAAUUUGCUGCAGCCCAAGCAUUUGUGUUUUUUGCAGCCGGAUAUGAAACGUCUUCCUCGACAAUAACAUAUUGUUUAUAUGAAAUUGCUCUUAAUCCUGAAAUACAAGAGAAACUUCGCUCGGAAAUUAAAAGUAUCAUUUCAAAUUAUGGUGGCUUAACUUACGAUAGCAUUGCUGAAAUGAAUUAUCUGCAAAAAGUUCUUUAUGAAACAAUGAGAAAGUAUCCACCAGUACCACUUUUAUCACGUGUUUGUCUCAAGGAUUAUAAAAUACCAAACAGUGAUUUUGUUAUAUCGAAAGGAACAAGAAUAACUAUUCCUAUUUUGGCAAUUCAUAAUGAUUCGGAAAUAUAUUUAGAUCCAGAAAAAUUUGAUCCAGAACGAUUUAACAAUGAAAAUGUUGCUCAAAGGCAUUCUUUAGCAUUUUUAGGAUUUGGUGAAGGUCCCAGAAUAUGCAUUGGUAAAAGAAUAGCGUUAAUUCAAACGAAAGUGAUGCUUAUUAAACUCUUGUUACAUUACAAGAUUUCGACUUGCGAGAAAACUGAAAUUCCAAUUCAACAUAAUUCACGAACCUUCACCUUGGCUCCAAAAAAUGGUCUCUAUUUGAGAAUUGAAGCAUUGUAAAUAUAUUCCUAACAUUUAAAAAAAAAUCGUAAGAUAUUUUAGAAGUAUAUAAUAUAUUUAGAAUAUUAGUCUAACUGUAAAAAUAAAAUGUGCUUAUAAUUUUAUUCUUAUUAAUAUGUAAUAAUAAUAAUAAUAAUAAUAUAUAUAUA